AUGCAUGGUAGUCAUCAUGGUGCAUUCAUAAGCCACCCAUUCACAAAUUUCAAAAUGUUCCAUGAAUGUGCAAGAAUGCAUAUGAAUUCCAAGUGGCAUAAAGAUGCAAUAGAAAAGUCAAAUAAUUUCAUUAGUAUUGUGACAAACAAAACUAAAAGUGAGGAAGAACUCGCCAAUGAGAAUCUUGUGAAAUUAGUACAAACUAAUCGUGCAAAGUUAAUAUCUAUUGUUUCUUGUGUAUUGUUUGGUGCAUUACAUGACUUACCUUUAAGAGGAAAAACAAAUUCAAAUGCUAUAUUUGAUGAUUUGUUACCAUUUAAAGUACAGUCAGGUGAUGAAACACUGCGGAAACAUUUUGAGGGUGUGCCUAAAAAUGCUACCUAUGUUUCUCAUAGAACCCAAAAUGAUUUACUUGAUGUAUGCGCCAAAGUACUAAGAAAUGAUUUGAGUAAUACAAUCAAUAACAGCAAAUCAUUUUCAGUUUUGGCAGACAAAACAAUGGAUAUUGCAGGCAUAGAACAACUUUCUCUUUCUGCAUGUUAUUUUGAUCAUGCAAUUAAUGUUGUGAGAGAAGACUUCCUUGGAUUUUCAGCAUUAGCAAGGUGCCGUACGAUUGCUGAUAAAAUUGGCAGAGCACACAAGAUAAUUGCUGAGAAAUAUCCCAAGGGUCGCUUCUGUCAUUAUGCUAGCCAUAGACUUAAUGAUUUGAACAACUUGCCAGAGGUCAGAAAUGCCAUUGGUACUAUCAAAGAAGGAAUUUCUUUUUUCCGGGGGAGCAUGCAAAGGAAAGUCCUAGUUGGGAACCUUCAAAAACUGUGUGAGGCAAGCUGGUCUGAGAAGCAUAAGUCUAUAAGGAAAUUUAAUGAUAAGUUUUUAGAAAUUGUUGAAGCAUUAGCAAUUUUACAUAAAGAAGGAGAUCGUGAAACUAAGCAGAAAGCCUGGCAACUUUACUGCACACUUACUUCUCCAACAUUUAUUGUUACAUUAAAAGUCAUAGCAAAAUAUUCAGCAAAACUAGAACCUGUCACCAAUAUCCUACAAUCAUUAAAUUGUUAUAAGUUUCAGAAAAAAUUCAAGGAAUUGUAA